GAAGGUCUUAUCGCUGAAUACACAUCUGCUGACUCGGUGCGCUUCCUCCUCCUUCUUCUUCUCUCAUUACUCAAGACCAGGCGGCCUGAGCGGAAGGCCGGUCGAAAGAAUCACGUUCCUGAGAGCCCCGGGAAACAUGAAUGCAUCAUAGCGACAGAAACCUUGCAGGAGCACACUGCUUUCUUCCGCCAUCCGAUUCAGAUUCUGCUCGCCGACAUGGCGAUUCCACAAAGAAAGUCAUGGCUAAGAGCGCAAUUCACCGCCCGAAAGAUCACAUUCUACAUCCUCUUCCAUGGCCUGCACUUCCUGAUCUUCGUCCUCGGAUGGUACCUCCAAGCCGACAACCAAAAGCUAGCGGGACUGAAUACACUGCAUUUCAGUGUCUGGUUCUCCCGAGGAGCGGGGCUUUGUCUCUCAGUAGACACGAUGCUGAUCCUCUUCCCCAUGUGCCGGAAUUUCCUCAGGCUGGUCAGGCCGAAGAUCCGAUGGCUUCCUCUCGAUGAGAGCCAGUACUUCCACCGACAGGUUGCAUACAGCAUGCUGAUCUGGACAAUCGUGCACACUGGGUCGCACUAUGUCAACUUUUUCAACGUCGAGCGAUCGCAGAUUCGGAAAGAGGCGGCGGUGGAGAUACAUUACCAACAAGCAGGAGGAAUUACCGGACAUGUCAUGCUGCUGUGCAUGAUGUUGAUGUUCACGACGUCGCAUGCAAAGAUUCGCCAGCAGAGCUAUGAGACGUUCUGGUAUACGCAUCACCUCUUCGUCCCUUUCUUCUUGGCGAUGUACACGCAUACCACGGGGUGUUUCGUGAGGGACAGUGUGAAGCCGCACUCUCCUUUCGCCGGUGGACCAUUCUGGAACCACUGCAUUGGAUACCAGGGCUGGCGGUGGGAACUUAUCAGCGGCGCGCUUUACCUCUGUGAGCGGGUGUGGAGAGAGGUUCGAGCUCGACGUCAGACAGAGAUCAUCAAGGUCGUCAAGCAUCCUUUCGACGCCGUCGAGAUCCAGUUCCGCAAGCCGAGCAUGCGAUACAAGGCUGGGCAAUGGCUUUUCCUCAAUGUGCCCUCGCUCAGCGGGAACCAGUGGCAUCCAUUCACUAUCACAUCAUGUCCAUUCGAUCCAUACAUCAGUGUGCACGUUCGCCAGGUAGGCGAUUGGACUCGGUCAUUAGCGAACGCUCUCGGCGCUGGUCCGGAGCAGCAGAAGCUGUACGACGAUCUGGAUCCAUUGGGAAUGUACGAAGUCGCGAUCCAAAACGGCCAGGAAAUGCCCAAAAUCCGCAUCGACGGACCCUACGGAGCGCCAGCCGAGGACGUUUUUGACAACGAAAUUGCCAUCCUCAUCGGGACAGGCAUCGGCGUAACACCAUGGGCAGCGAUCCUCAAAAACAUCUGGCACAUGCGACUAUCACCGAAUCCACCCAAGCGACUGAAGCGAGUCGAGUUCAUCUGGGUGUGCAGAGACACCACAUCCUUUGAGUGGUUCCAAGCUCUGCUCUCAAGCCUGGAAGCGCAAAGUAUAAACAUGAGCGGCGCAGGCAGCUCGACAGAAUUCCUGCGCAUCCACACUUAUCUUACUCAAAAGAUGGACGUGGACACGGCGCAGAACAUUGUUUUGAACUCGGUCGGAACAGACAGAGACCCACUAACGGAACUGAGCUCAAGAACGAAUUUCGGACGACCAGACUUCAAUCGGCUGUUCGUGGCCAUGCGGGAGGCGAUCCUGAACCAGAACUACAUGGCGGGUCUGGACCGUGGUGGAAAGACCGAUGUGGGGGUGUACUUUUGCGGACCGAGCACGGCUGCGAGAGAUAUCAAGAAAGCGUGCAAGGAGGCGACGGUGAGUCGAGUGACGUUCAAGUUCUGGAAGGAGCAUUUCUGA